AUGGAUGAGUACAGACCUGAGUACAGACGGUUGACGCCACACGUGAGAGGCCACGCUCCUAUGUGUGGGACAGAAGACUUGGCGAAAAAGAGGAAUUUCAACUAUAACAUGAUAACUGAAACUAACGAAAAUUUAGUGCAUUCAGCAUGGGGUCCAUUCAGCGUUGUACGGCGAUGUAUCAACAGGGAAACAGGGCAACAGUUUGCUGUAAAGAUUGUCGAUGUAGCAAAAUUCACUUCAAGUCCUGGAUUAAGCACAGAAGACCUGAAGAGGGAGGCCAGUAUUUGUCACAUGCUGAAGCAUCCUCAUAUUGUUGAACUGUUGGAGACAUACAGCUCAGAUGGAAUGCUUUAUAUGGUCUUUGAGUUUAUGGAUGGAGCAGAUCUGUGUUUUGAAAUUGUGAAGAGAGCAGAUGCUGGAUUUGUGUACAGCGAGGCUGUAGCCAGUCAUUACAUGAGACAGAUAUUGGAAGCUCUACGUUACUGUCAUGAUAAUAAUAUAAUUCACAGGGAUGUGAAGCCACACUGUGUACUGCUUGCCUCAAAAGAGAAUUCAGCCCCAGUAAAGCUUGGUGGCUUCGGGGUAGCAAUUCAGUUAGGAGAGUCUGGGCUAGUUGCUGGAGGACGUGUAGGAACACCUCAUUUUAUGGCCCCAGAAGUGGUAAAAAGGGAACCUUAUGGGAAGCCUGUAGACGUUUGGGGUUGUGGCGUGAUCCUUUUUAUCCUGCUAAGCGGUUGUUUGCCUUUUUAUGGAACCAAGGAAAGAUUAUUUGAAGGCAUUAUUAAAGGAAAAUACAAGAUGAAUCCUAGGCAAUGGAGCCAUAUUUCUGAAAGUGCCAAAGAUCUGGUACGCCGCAUGCUUAUGCUGGAUCCAGCAGAAAGGAUAACAGUAUAUGAAGCACUGAAUCAUCCCUGGUUAAAGGAGAGAGAUCGCUAUGCAUACAAGAUCCAUCUUCCAGAAACAGUAGAACAAUUGAGAAAAUUCAAUGCAAGACGAAAACUAAAGGGGGCAGUACUAGCAGCUGUGUCAAGCCACAAAUUCAACUCCUUCUACGGUGACCCCCCUGAAGAGCUGCCAGACUUCUCUGAAGACCCCACCUCCUCAGGAGCAGUCUCACAGGUGCUGGACAGCCUGGAAGAAAUUCAUGCACUUACAGACUGCAGCGAAAAAGACUUAGAUUUUCUUCACAGUGUUUUCCAGGAUCAACAUCUUCACACGCUACUAGAUCUUUAUGACAAAAUAAACACAAAAUCUUCACCACAAAUCAGGAAUCCUCCAAGUGAUGCUGUACAGAGAGCCAAAGAGGUAUUGGAAGAAAUUUCAUGUUACCCAGAGAACAAUGAUGCAAAGGAGCUAAAGCGUAUUUUAACACAACCUCAUUUCAUGGCCUUACUUCAAACUCAUGAUGUAGUGGCACAUGAAGUUUACAGUGAUGAAGCGCUGAGAGUUACGCCUCCUCCCACCUCUCCAUACUUAAAUGGAGAUUCUCCAGAAAGCGCCAACGGCGACAUGGAUAUGGAGAAUGUAACACGAGUUCGACUCGUGCAGUUCCAGAAGAACACAGAUGAACCAAUGGGAAUCACUUUAAAAAUGAAUGAGCUGAACCAUUGCAUUGUGGCAAGAAUUAUGCACGGAGGAAUGAUUCACCGACAAGGUACACUACAUGUAGGGGAUGAAAUCCGAGAAAUAAAUGGAAUCAGUGUGGCAAAUCAAACUGUAGAACAACUACAAAAAAUGCUUAGGGAAAUGCGUGGAAGUAUCACCUUUAAGAUUGUGCCAAGUUACCGCACGCAAUCCUCAUCCUGUGAGAGAGAUUCCCCCUCUACAUCCAGACAGUCCCCAGCUAAUGGUCAUAGCAGCACUAACAAUUCUGUUUCGGACUUGCCAUCGACAACACAACCAAAAGGACGACAGAUAUAUGUAAGAGCACAAUUUGAAUAUGAUCCAGGAAAGGAUGACCUCAUUCCUUGUAAAGAAGCUGGCAUCAGAUUCCGAGUUGGUGAUAUUAUCCAAAUCAUUAGCAAAGAUGAUCACAACUGGUGGCAGGGUAAACUUGAGAACUCCAAAAAUGGUACUGCAGGUCUUAUUCCUUCUCCUGAACUUCAAGAAUGGCGAGUUGCUUGUAUUGCCAUGGAGAAGACCAAACAGGAGCAACAGGCCAGCUGUACUUGGUUUGGAAAGAAAAAAAAGCAGUACAAAGACAAAUAUUUGGCAAAGCACAAUGCAGUGUUUGAUCAAUUAGAUCUCGUCACAUAUGAAGAAGUAGUAAAACUGCCAGCAUUCAAAAGGAAAACACUAGUCUUACUAGGUGCACAUGGUGUUGGAAGAAGACACAUAAAAAACACGCUCAUCACAAAACACCCGGACAGAUUUGCUUACCCCAUUCCUCAUACAACCCGACCUCCAAAGAAAGAUGAAGAAAAUGGGAAAAAUUACUACUUUGUAUCACAUGACCAAAUGAUGCAGGAUAUAUCAAACAAUGAAUAUUUGGAAUAUGGCAGCCAUGAGGAUGCAAUGUAUGGGACAAAACUGGAAACAAUACGAAAGAUCCAUGAGCAGGGACUAAUUGCAAUACUUGAUGUAGAACCUCAGGCAUUGAAGGUCCUGAGAACUGCAGAGUUUGCUCCUUUUGUUGUUUUUAUUGCUGCACCUACGAUUACCCCAGGCAUUAAUGAGGAUGAAUCCCUUCAGCGUCUGCAGAAGGAGUCCGAAAUCUUACAGAGAACAUAUGCACACUACUUUGACCUAACAAUUAUCAACAAUGAAAUUGAUGAAACUAUCAGGCACCUGGAGGAAGCCAUCGAGCUUGUGUGUACAGCCUCACAGUGGGUCCCGGUCUCCUGGGUCUACUAGCCCGGUCACGAGAUGAUGGAAAUAAAAAAUCUGUCAUACUGGGAACCACCUCAUACAUGGAAAACCUCUUCGUUAUUGACCUUGUGUCAACAGGUCUUGGCCCCUAGAGACUACCUAGAUGUAGUGUGACCUAAAAUAUAAUUAUUGUCAUGUCCGAAUAGAUAGGAGGAGGGGGAAAAAAAUUAAACACUAAUUUAAAGAGACAGUAUCUUUUUUUAAUCAU